GUGAAUCUGCGUGACGAAAAUGGAUGGACGCCGCUCAUCUGGGCAGCUCGCUCGAACCACAGCGAUGUCGUCAAGGUCCUACUCGAGGCUGGAGCUGAUCCUAACAUCGCGAACUGGAAUUUUGGUGACGAUGCCUUAGGAUGGGCUGCCUAUAACGGACACCCUACUAUAGUGCAAGACCUCUUAAAUGCAGGGGCUGAUAUUGGUCAUGUCGAUAAUGAUGGCGACACGGCCUUCCUGUUGGCUGUGAGAAGCAACCAUCUCGAAAUUGCAAGAACUCUGCUCAAUUGGGGGUCGUUGGUGAACGUCCAGAAUAAAGACGGCUGGAAUGCACUGAUCCAAGCCUCCUACAACAACAACACCGACACACUCCGCCUCGUAAUCCAAGCCGGCGGGAGUUUGAAUGCAGGAACAGCAAAACACGGAGACACGGCGCUGAUCUGGGCCACCUCGCUCGGCUACUUGGAAAUCAUGAGGAAUUGCUAGCUGCAGGAGCCGAGGUCGACCUU